CAAAUACAUCUGGUGAACGGAGCGCAUCCUGGGAUCUGCGGGGCAGCUACAUGGAAACCCAGCCCCAACGCAGCACCAUCUUCUCUCUCCCAGAAAGCCGAGGGCAGGGGUCAGGCGGUGAGCUCCGUUCUCCAUCUGUCCCCAAGCUCCUCUGCGAAUGUCUUGUAAACAACGUGCUCCUUGUCUCAGCUACAAGCAAGUAUUUUAAUACGGGCACCUGAUGAUAUAUCUCCCCCUCCCCCAGGCCACCCCCAUCUCGAGCAGAGUCUGCCCUGGGAGCUGCUGUGAAGCGAACCGUCUGUUUGCUGAUGAAUGGGAGCCUUUUUCCCCUUCCCAGGGGGCCCACGCAGCAUGUUGGAGGCAGAGCCUCUGUAAACGUAUCUCUCCUGGCCCUGAAAGUGCAAGCAUCCAGGUGGCCUCAGGAAGGCUCCUUCUCAUCUGCCAGGCUGGGCUCUCUCCUGCUUCCCCUCCCUCCAUAACACAAAGGAGUGGAGAGCCCAGUACCGCCAGUUCUCCCUGACUGCAUGGAAGGCUUUCAGGAUUGGGCCUGUUUUUCCUGUCAGGGUCUUUUUUAAUCAAAGCAGUUGCUUAGAGCAGUCUGAGCCUUGCCGGUGCUUGACACCAAUCCACUUUGAGUCGGGUGGAGGGUAACCCUGAUCCACUGGCGUCUCGGCACCCACAGAAAGGUGGAGGCAGAGUCACUAGGAAAGUCACGUCCCCCUUUGCGCCCCACAUCUAAGGUCUGCGUUUCACUCCUGGGGGCUGCUGAACAUGAAGACCGCGCAGGAUGCAUGCGGUGAAUCUCUGGAGACGGCAGAGCAGCAGCCUGUGUUCAGACUCGGGGGGCAUUGAGGCGCAGAUUUCAGCUACCUUUAAAAUGAGCCUGCAAGGUUUUAUGACCAGCACUAGCGUUUGUAGCCUGCUGCAGCAGGAGCCCCUUCUCUUGGUACCCCCGGAGCUGUCUCAAGAAGCUGGGAGCCACGACCUGACUCGAGAAAGCAUCAUAAAGAGAGGGCAGCCGUCUAAAUAUUCUCCUGAGCUGGAAAAACCCAAACCCACCUGGGAACAGCCCAGCUCCUGCCUGCAGUCACUAACAUCAAAAGUGAAGGCAGACUCCAAGUUUGGGAAGCUCUUUCACUUCCGUAUCCCAGUGCUGAUGUGGGACCGUCACCUAACCCCAGAGACAUGGAACAAACUGAAGGAGCGUGGUGUCCCUUAUGGCUGGCAGGGCUUGUCCUACGCAGCUAUUGCCUCCACCCUCCGUCUCCUCAAUGACUCUGCCAACAGAUGGCUGAUUGACAGAGCCAGCUUCCCUGGAGACUGCAUCCGCUGCGCCGUGGUUGGGAAUGGGGGGAUUCUCCAAGGAUCCCGGCAAGGCAAGGAGAUCGACGCGCAUGACUUCGUCUUUAGGCUCAAUGGAGCUGUGACCAAAGGCUUUGAGGAAGAUGUUGGGAUGAAGACCUCCUUCUACGGCUUCACAGUGAACACCAUGAAGAACUCUCUCAUUGCUUACAGAGAGUAUGGCUUCACCCGGGUACCCCAGUCCAAGGAACUACGUUACAUUUUCAUCCCCUCGGACAGGCGCGAUUACACCAUGCUGAAGUCGGCCAUCCUAGGCAGCCCUGUCGAAGACGGUCCUGACAAGGGUGAUGAACCAUCAAAAUAUUUUGGACCAGAGGCAUCUGCAAAGAAGUUCAAGCUGCUGCACCCAGAUUUCAUGCAUUAUCUAACAGCAAGGUUUUUGAGGUCGGAUAUAAUCAAUACACAAUAUGGCUACCUCUACAUGCCCAGUACUGGUGCCCUCAUGUUGCUGACAGCCCUUCAUACCUGUGACCAGGUCAGUGCCUAUGGAUUUAUCACCGACAAUUACGAGAAAUUUUCAGACCACUACUACGAGCUGGAGAAGAAGCCUCUGGUGUUUUAUGCCAACCACGACAUGCUGCUGGAGGCCGAGCUCUGGAAGAGCCUGCAUCGGGCGGGCAUCAUGAAGCUAUACCAGCGAUGAGGCAGGCUGGUAGCUUAUAGGGACAACUUCCCUGCAUUCUCUGGAUGGAAAGAAAGCAUCCUUCUCCUCUUUCCCAUGGGGUCCCUUCUCCCCUUCUGAGGCUGUCAAGAACUUACAGGCAAAUGGGGCCUAUUCACUCAUAGCCAACCCUACAAACUGAAGUAGACGAGUUGUCUCGACUCGCUCCUCGGGUCCAGGGCGUGGGCUGGAGGGCUUUACUUGGAGGCUUCAGAAGUAGCAAAGCAAAUGUGGCCAAGUCUGCUCAGGCCUUUUUGGCACUUGGCUGGAGACAACAGAACCUGGAGCUGCCUUUGUCACAGAGGAAAGCUACGCGGCUUCUCCCAACACACCCAGGAUGAAGUGGGCAAGAGCUGCCAACAGCUGUCAGGGUGCAUCUUCUGCUCAUCUCCCAAGGGAGUGUGAUGGCACCAAGUGGGGAUGCUGGAGGGUCCCAUUACCCUACUUCCCGUUAUACACUGCUUUCCCUCAGCACACAGCUUCCAGCUGGAAAAUGUGCUGCCUACCACUGCCUCCUGCCCAUCAACACCAGCUUCCUUCAGGACUCGAGAGCCCCAGCCCUAUUUCCUUCUGCCUUUAAACUCUUCCCUCCACCCCUAGUGUAAUGCAUCACAACAACACUCUCCACAGCUGAAGAGAGCCAGGUGGAACUUGUGGACAUUGCUCAAGUGAACCAGGUAGACAGCCAAAGAGCAUUACUGCUGGGCACAGUGAAGCCUUAAUACUAUAGUCAUCUAUAACCCCUCAUCACACUCAUGCUCCACUUCCUGGGUGGAACUCCAUUCUUCCACCUCGCUCACCAGCACAAGACGAGGUCAGACCACUUCCUAUACAUACAAAUGUGUUUCAGCCCUUGUUUAGCUUAUCACUCCAUGUUGUAGUCAUCAAAGGUGAUGGGAGUUUUUACAGGUAAAUUGCAGCAACCCUGCCCUCAGCUAGCUGGAACCUCAGAGGCAGAUUGGGGUGGGUGGAGUUGUGUAAGGUGGGUGAUAGAAUCACAAGGCAGCAAGUGCCUUAUUUGCAUUUCAAAUCAAUGGUGCCUCUGGGUAGACUAAGAAAGAACCUACUUCUUUUAGAGAUAGGAGGGGACCUGCCACUCCAUUGUGUAAGACAAAACCACCAUCAAAUUUCAUUGAAAACAAUUAGGCAACAGAAAGAUAGUGGGAGGGGGUGGGAUCUUUAACCCUUAAGCCAUGUUGUCAGAUAAUUAAGUGUAAAUAGGACACAUCAGAUCAGCUACAGGUAAGUUUAUGUGCUACAGGAAUGCUGCAAGGGCUAGGGAUAGAUGGAUGGGUGCGAAAGGACAAUGGGGAGAGAUGAAGUGUAAUUUGAAACAUUUUCCCACUUUGUAUAAUUGCAUAAAUGUUGAAUGAUCUUU